GAACCUGCGCUCUCAUUCUUUAUCGUUUCCCUUCUCUUAAGAAAGACGUUUAAAAAAUUCAUAUUGCAACUAUUUUGUCCUCUGUAUGUGAAGCGUUUCGCUUUCGCGUCUUAGGUGGAAUCGGGGGAAGUGCCCGCACGCUUUUGGUCUCCCUACCCCCUGAUGCCACGGGCCAUGUUUAUCUUAAUUCAGUUUUGCGUCUGCUUGAAUUUAUGAUAUUUGGGAGGUUAAUCUGCAUGGCUCAUGUCUGCCAGUAGCUGAGCUAAUUGAUUUGAAUCCCGGCCCAAUACUUUCUGCUGCCCUUCUCUGCAAAAGCCUGAUGUUUAUGGAAUUCUGGGAAAACUCGGGAAAGUAGCAGUGAGUGUCUCAGCCUUUGAUGUUCUUUCCAGCAUCCUCUUGUUCUCACGUUCAUCUUUUAUCCACAUCUCAAUGUCUCUUUAUUAACUUCCUUUGCCUACAGAGUUAAGUAUCCUUCAUGGAGUCCAACACGCAAGGCCAUCAUCGGCUACUGUGUGGCCCUGAGUUCUCUUUGCCAGGCAGAGUCUGACUCUUACUUUUACUGUCCAGUUUAGACAAAUGAGAUAGCCAUUUUUUCAAGUCGGAAAGUCUUAUAUUUUAUAACUCUUGUAAGGCCAUCUUGUGUGUUUAUUCUUUUUUCUGUAUUUUUUGAAAUUUUAAAAUACUUUGUAUUUUAAUUAUAACACUUAAGGCAUCUUGUUCAGUAUCUAACCUUGUUCUAGAUAGUCAGUGCUUUGAGAUGGCCUGAUGUGAUUUGUGUGUAUGGGGCCCUUAAGUAUAGUCAAUUGAAGGAGCUGUUGUACCGAUUUUAAUGGACGCACUCUUACUGCCAGUGUUGGGAAGGCAGUGGUGGCUUCAGUGCAUGUACUACCUCCAGAACAUACUUGUAUGUUAUCUUAGGCUAUCAAAUAUAAACCCCAAACAAAGCUGCACUGGUAUAUAGCAAGACUAUAGCCAGCACUCUGGAGGCUGAGGCAGGAGGAUUAUGGUGAGGUUGGGGCGGCCUGGGCCACAUGGAGAGACACUCUCAAAACCGAAACAGAAGCAGAAGGAGUCCAAAACUAACUACCUGGAAGACCUCCCGCCGCUCCCUGAGUACGAACUGAGCCCAUCCAAGUUAGGCCAGGAGGUGGAUGAUGUCUAUCUCAUUCGAGCUCAGGGACUGCCUUGGUCCUGCACUGUGGAGGAUGUUCUUAACUUUUUCUCAGACUGCAGAAUCCGCAACAAUGAAAAUGGAGUCCAUUUCCUCUUAAAUAGAGAUGGGAAACGGAGGGGUGAUGCCUUAAUUGAGAUGGAGUCCGAGCAGGACGUGCAGAAGGCCUUAGAAAAGCACCGGAUGUACAUGGGGCAGCGCUAUGUGGAAGUGUAUGAGAUAAACAAUGAAGAUGUGGAUGCCUUAAUGAAGAACCUGCAGGUCAAGUCUUCUCCUGUGGUAAAUGACGGUGUGGUUCGCUUGAGAGGACUUCCUUAUAGCUGCAACGAGAAAGACAUUGUCGACUUCUUUGCAGGACUGAACAUAGUAGACAUUACUUUUGUGAUGGACUAUAGAGGAAGAAGAAAAACAGGGGAAGCCUAUGUACAGUUUGAAGAACCAGACAUGGCCAGCCAAGCGCUUCUAAAGCAUAGGGAAGAGAUUGGGAACAGAUACAUAGAGAUAUUCCCAAGCAGAAGAAAUGAAGUUCGAACACAUGUUGGAGCUCAUAAGGGAAAGAAAGUGGUAUCGUCGUCUCCUUCUGCUAAAUAUAUAACUGAGCCAGAAGUAGUAUUUGAAGAACAUGAAGUAAAUGAAGAUAUUCAGCCUGUGACAGCUUUUGAAAGUGAUAAAGAGAUAGAACUGCCUAAGGAGACGUCAGAGAAACCUCCAGAGGCCGUCGACUUUGGGUCUGCACCUUCACUCCAUUUUGUCCACAUGCGGGGCUUGCCUUUCCAAGCGAAUGCCCAAGACAUUAUAAAUUUCUUUGCUCCCUUGAAGCCUGUGAGGAUCACUAUGGAGUACAGCUCUAGUGGGAAGGCCACUGGAGAAGCUGAUGUGCACUUUAAGACCCAUGAGGACGCCGUAGCAGCUAUGCUCAAGGACCGGUCCCACGUUCAACAUAGGUAUAUUGAGCUGUUCCUAAAUUCAUGUCCUAAAGGAAAAUAAGAGUUCAACAGAACCCCGGAUGAUGAGGAUGAAGCAGGAAGCAUAUCCUUUGCACAUCUCUCUUGAACAUGGGAUACAAAGAUCCAGUUGAUUGGCUGUGACCGCUAGAGAAAGGAUCUGGGCAUCUGACGACAGUGCUCUGAAGGAAAAUUCACAGUGGAAUGUUUAGGUCGAGAAAGAUUCAGUUUAGGAUUAUGAAAUAAGCUACAAAUUUAAAAUUCCAUUUAAACAGUCCUGGGUCUGACGGGAAAAGUCUGGUUUCUGUAACGUAGUUUCUGUCAUAGAGGAUAUACUGCAGUUGUAAGAUGUUUCCAUUCAAUGCUGCUCUUUAGAACCUUAUUCCUGCUUGUUUUUGCCUAUGACUGAGAGCUGUGAUAUAAAAUUUCUCAUGAAAUAAAAUAGUGGUGUAUUUAUACCAGACACUUACCAAAGCAAGGGAAGGUUUCAGAACUUUAAUAAGGCCGUGUGAUUUGGUCAAGUAGUGUUUAAUUUUGUCUGUAUUUGAUUGCCUAGGGGUAGAAAUUUAAAAAAAGUACAAACUACAGGUUAUUGAGCACAAGUGGUCACUUGGCAGUUUUGUCUUUAGAAACACUAGAAUCACUCUGCCUCCCUAAGCCUUGACCUAUAAAGGCUUUUAACGUUGGCACCUGUCUGUAUCAGAAGUUUAGGCUAAUUUAAAAUUUCACUGAGUCUCUCUUUACCGUUUUUCUUUCUUUCCUUCUUUAUCUUUUUUUGUUUUUGUUUUGGACAGAUCAUAAGGCUGUUUGUUAGGUUUGAAAUCAUAAAGUGACAUCAAAGCAGUCCAGACUGUAAGGACAUUCAUAGCUUCACUUGAUUUAAACCAGGUCUAGUUGGAAAUAAAACAAUCCGACUCUCCUCAUUUGCUUUUCCAGUGGGGUAGCCACCCCAUAUUCUAGAACAAGUAGGGGUGCCUUGCUUAAAUAAAACUAGGAUUUAAUAUAUAAUUGUGUGAAGGGUUUAUGAAUAGAGCUGUAUUUCUGUCACACUGUGGCAGUAUCUUCUGCUUUAAUACUAAAUAGCUUGUUAUUUAAAUAUUGGACAAAAUGGCUGGCUUCAAAAAUAGUCAUUAAUAAACUUAACUUUAUGUAUA